ACCGACAGUUUGUCGCCAUAGCAACCGUAUCUCAAGAUGUCACGCUUUUUGUUGCAGGUGGAGACACAGAAAUGAUUGCCUCAGCGAGGUGAAAGGCAGAGGGGGAAGACGGCGGUCAAGGUUCGCUGGCAGAUGGAGAAUGGAGACCUGGGUCACAUGAUGGGAGAGCCAGUAAGUCUGAACGUGGGUGGCUGUGUUUACAGCACGUCUCUGUCAACGUUAAAGCGUUACCCAGACUCAAUGCUGGGUGCCAUGUUCAGAGGAGACCUCCCCACAGUCAAAGACUCCCACGGAAACUACUUCAUUGACCGGGACGGCCCACUGUUUCGCUACAUCCUCAACUUCCUGCGGACGUCUGAGCUCACGCUGCCGUGUGACUUCAAGGAGCUGGAGCUGCUGCGGAAAGAGGCAGACUUUUACCAGAUUGAGCCCCUGAUCCAGUGCCUGGGAGACCCCAAACCUCUGCUGCCGUACCCCACAGACACUUAUGAGGAGGUGGUGGAGCUAUCCAGCACCAGGAAGCUCUCAAAGUAUUCCAACCCUGUGGCAGUCAUCAUCACCCAGCUCACCAUCACUACCAAGGUUCAUGGAGUCCUGGAGUCCAUCUCCAAAGGUUUCACCAAAUGGAACAAACACAUGAUGGACACAAGAGAUUACCAGGUUUCCUUCACGUUUGGGCCGUGUGACUACCAGCAGGAGGUCAGCCUGCGUGUCCACCUGCUGGAAUUCAUCUCAAAAGCUGGUUUCACCAUAAGAAACACACGGGUUCUUCACAUGAGCGAACGAGCCAACGAGAACACUGUGGAGCAUCACUGGACGUUCUGCAGACGAGUUCAUAAAGUCGACGACUGAUAAACAGGAGGAACCUCAGAGGGUGGCUGCGUCUGCAGACACGGGCGGAUGUUACAGGAUCAUCUGCUGAUACUGAACACCAGGGACAUAAAGGACAGAUUUUAUUUAUUCAUACACAUGUCUUUGGUUCUGUAUAAUGCAAGGGGUGGAAAUGUAAACUCCUUUCACUAAACAACAUAAAACUAACCUCUAAACAUGUUACAAGCUCCAACUCUUUAUAAUACUUGCCUUAGGUUUUUUAAAAAGUGCAUCAGUUUUGUCUUUUUAUAAAAAAAAUCUCAUGAUCAUCUGUUAUUAAUCCACACAUGUUCUGACACUAACCGGUUCUGGUGUCUGAAUUCUGCUGAUGGCUACAGGUCACUUUAACAUCUCUAAGCUGUUUCCAAACCUGUAAAUAACCAAAUACUUUUACAAAUUUGAAGAGAAAUGGGUGAAAUAUCCUUUUUUUGUUAACUUAAUGACACGUUUUCCCACAGGAUUUUAGAUCAUUUUAUCCUGAAGUCAGGCCAUCUGAAUUUAAUGAAAUUAGACAACCUUGGGAAAACCCAGAUAACUCCAAAGAACUCCUCAUAUUACUUAUACUCAUAUUACUUACCCACCAGAGCAUGUGAGUGGAGCAGAGCGGAAGAAAUAUGGUGGAGCGCUGAGCGGUUUUCGAUUCAAAGGCCUGAGUGAGAAUUUCGCUUCGAUCAAGUACAUUCCGAUGCGAGGUGUUAGGUUCAUAGCUGGGAAACGGUGCGAUAAUUUAACAGCCAGUUAAAUAAGACAAUACACAUCAUGUAUCGGUGACAUCGUUAUAUCAAACGCCGUGUGUCCCAGGGCCCUGGCAUAAUUACAUGAAGGAAAAAUGUCAGAAGAUGCCUUCUCCUGAAAAUUAGAGCGAGUGUGAAGCGAUUUCACCGGAGCGACAGGAAAAUUAAGGUGAGCGCGGAGCCGAUUUUGAGUGGAGCGUCCUGGCGCAACUUUGAGCGGUGGAGCGAAUGAGCGAUCGUCCUCCUGAACAGGGAGCGAGAAUUGCGUAACGCUCCACUCCGUUCACAUGCUCUGUUUCCCACUGGCCGAAAAACCUGUUUAAACGUGGAAACUAGGGCUGAAAUAAUUAAUUUUGAGUAAUCGAUUAUAAGUCGUCAACUAAUUUAGUAAACGAUUAAUCGUUAAAUGGAGUAUAGAGACUG